GCAGUCGACAUUAUUUUAGCCGGCUGCGAUAUUCACUGCCAACUCGUUGCUUUAUUUACUCGUUGUUUUUUGACACUAGCAUAGAACUGUCAUUUGUGGUCUCUUGUGAGUUGUGUGAGUGCAAAAACUUCUUCGCUUUUUGAAAUUGUAAACAAUGGCAGCACGUCGCGUUGCUCAAUCCUCCAUUAACUGGGCCUCUUUGGCUGAACGUGUACCUCCCAACCAAAAAGCCAACUUCGCUGCCUUCAAAACCAAGUCGGAUGCUUACAUGCGCGCUGUUUUGGCCAACCCUGAAAACCCACCAAAAAUUGACUGGGCUCACUACAAAAAGUUGGUUCCCAUUCCCGGAUUGGUAGACACUUUCCAAAAGCAAUACGAUGCCUUGAAGGUCCCCUACCCUUCGGACAGCGUUACCGCCCAAAUUGAUGCCCAGGCUAAGGAAGCCAAAGCUGAAGUUGAUAGCUUCAAGAAGAGCUCCGAACAACGCAUCGCUCAGCUCCAAAAGGAAAUUGAUCAUUUGAAAUCCUUGUUGCCAUUCGAGCAAAUGACCAUGGAAGAUUACCGCGAUGCAUUCCCCGAUUUGGCUUUGGACCCAGCCAAUCGUCCAUCAUUCUGGCCCCACACUCCUGAAGAUCAAGCCGGUUAUGUGUCGAAGGAAAUGGAAGCUGCCAGAGCUGCCCAUGAACACUAAAUACAGCGUCGCCCAGUUUCGACAAAGUAUGAAAACGUUUCUGGUAAUAGAUUUUAAGUUGUAUUGUUGCUUUGAAUGUUUGGAGAGACAAUGAUACUCAAAAAUUUUCAAAAAAUUCAAUGAGUUGAUAUGCAUUCCUCCAAACUAAAAGAAAUAAAGAAUUCGAUAAAUUAACAUAAAAUGUAAAAGUACGAAAAAUAACAUCAAAAUAAAUUAAUAACAACUCGAAGAAAAUCACAA